AUGAACAUUGACCAAGCAGACAGUGAUUUAGACCAACACGGUGAUGCCUGUGACAACUGUCCCUCAACGCCCAAUCUGACGCAGCGUGACACCGAUGGUGACGGUUUGGGCGACGAAUGUGACACGGAUGUAGAUGAAGAUGGUAUUGCCAAUGGAGGUGACAAUUGCCCAGAUGUUGUCAACAUUGACCAACUGGACACUGAUGGUGAUGGAGUGGGCGACGCAUGUGACAACUGCCCUUCAAGUAGCAACGCCGACCAGGCUGAUACAGACCAGGACUUUGUUGGUAAUGUCUGUGACACUGACACAGACACAGACAGUGAUGGCAUCCAAGAUGACUUGGACAACUGCCCAAGCACAGCCAACAGUGACCAAAAUGACAGUGACACUGAUGGUAGUGGCGAUGCGUGCGACACUGAUGCCGAUGGCGAUGGCAUUCUCAACACCAGUGACAACUGUCCUCUUGUCCCCAACGGCAGUCAGACCGAUUCUAAUGCGGAUGGGAUUGGUGAUGACUGUGAAGGUGACUAUGAUAAAGAUGGCGUUCCUGAUGGCGGCGACAACUGCCCAAAGAACGCCCAGGUCUUCACUACAGAAUUCAAAAGAGUGAUGGUGGUUCCCUUGGAAGAACCUUAUCACACACCCAAUUGGUAUUUUUUACCUGGAAGGACAGGGUUCUACCAAAGAGAAGAGGCAGAGACCUCUGCAGCCAUCGGUGAUGUGAGUCUUGGCAGCGUUGACUUCGAAGGAACCUUUACGAUUGAGAGCACUGACGAUGACUUCGUUGGAUUUGCUUUCAGUUUUCAAGACAACCGCAAGUUCUACAUGGUGAAUUUUAAACAGGACGCUCAGCAGUUGUCCUCGACUGCGGUCAGCGAUCAGGGUCUUCAUCUGAAGCUCGUCGACUCUGCUACAGGACCAGGAGGCAACGAUCUUCAGUAUGCGAUCUAUAACACCGCGAGUGUCGCAAAUCAAGUGGGUGUACCUUUUAAAACCUUGUCCUUGUUUACAGAUUGAAAUGUUUAUACGCUUCCUGCAAAGUAGAAAGAGCCGAACCAGAUUUUAUGACUUUACUAAAGCAGUUUACUGAGAGAAGACACUUAGUCUUCUGUACCACAUCCCUGUAUAUGAAUGUCUUCCACAGGGAAAUGGUAAAAAAAAAAAAAUUAG